AAUGAUCAGAACCAACUCUACUCAAAAAACUAAAUAGGUUGUUAUUUCUAAUGGAUAAGUAUAAUCACUAAGUCCAUUUAAUAGUGCAAUAAGAUUAAGUAGUCAUUAUUAAGAAGCUCCAAGCACACCAUAAAGAUAAAUAGUUUCUUAGAAUGCAUUAAGAUUGAUAGUUAAUAAUCAUUAAGCAGAAGUUAGAUAAUCUAAUGCUUUUACACCAAAUGGUAAACAAUAAUAAACAGGAAAAUCUUAUUAAGAAAAUAGAUCUGUGAUAGUUCAAGAUAACACACGAAUGCAAUAAUUAAUAAAUGAUAACAUGUAUUUAUCAUAAGCAUUGGAAUAAACAAAAAAUGAAUUAAGAUAAUAUCAACAAUCUACACAUGAUAGUCAAUAAUUAGAUUUCAUAAAGGUUAAAAUUGAGAGUCUCGAAAAAGUAAUAGAUGAUUAAGCAUUGGAAAUUGAAUAAUGGAAAGAAAGAUAUUAAAAGAUUUGUACAUAAGAUCCUUAAGAUUCAAUGUUAUAGAUGGAAUCUUAAAUUAUGUUAGUAAUAUAAGAAAAUGAAAGAUUAAAUAUAUUAGUUAAAAAUAUAUAAGAUUAAACAGAUAAAAAGGAUUAAGUAAUUUAAUAAUAGGAUUAAGAAAUUAAAAAGCUUAAAGAAAAAAUUAAAAUAUCAGAUAAAACAAUAUUAAGUUAAAAAGAAGGUAUAUUAUAUUAAUUAUUUUAAUUAGAGAUAAAAUAAUGGCAUGAUAAUUUUGCAGAAUUUGAAAAGAAUUCAAAGUAGUAAGUAAGUCAUGAAUCUGAAUUAUUGAAAAGUAAAAUGAAAAUUUAAGAACUUGAAUUUUAAUUACAUAAAAAGAAAGUUAAUGAAAAUAAUAAUGGAUAGAAAUUAAGUUAAAGGAAACUUGAUGAAAAUCCAGAAUUAGAACUUAAAUUAAGAUAAUUAUUAGAAGAAAAUAAUAAAUUAACUCUUUUGAUUGAAACUUUAUAAACUGAAAAUACAAAAUUAAAAUCAACUAAAUAAAGUAGAUCAACUAGUUGCUUUUAAUCUAAUAAUUAAUUAUCUUAGGGAGUUCUCGAAUAAAUUAAAUAAGUAAAUUUAUAUAUAUAUAUCAUUAUUAUAGGAAUUAUUUAAUUAAUAGUUAUUUAGUACUGAAGAGUUUAAAAAACUUAAAGUUAUCUAUCAAUAAAAUGAAACAUUAAGAAAUCAAUUAAAUAAUGCUAAUGAAUAAAUUUCUAUUUUGAAAAAAACACUUUAAUAUUAUGAGGAUGAACAAAAUGUACCUUCUGAUUAAUUAUUCGAUGAAUUCUUAUAAAGCUAAAGUCAUUGUUUAAACAUGAUAUAAUAAUUAUAAUAAUGA